ACCGCUAUUUUUCCAAAUGUAAGUGACGUCAACUGAUGUGGCUUUUCUCUAAAAACUCGUUAUUUAGUUAACGGCAACUCGUUCCUUUCUUUCGGCGGGCGGUUGCAGCGUAAAUCGUGACGUCUCUCAGGUGUAACUUGGAUGCUACCAGCUAUAAUGGAAAACACUACUGAAGACUACAGGAUCCAGUCAUUUGACCUGGACACACAGAUAUUGCUGAAAACAGCCUUGAAAGAUCCAAGUUCAGUAAACCUGGACAAGGUGUCCAAUAUCAUAGUGGAUCAGUCUCUGAAGGACCAGGUGUUCAGUAAAGAGGCUGGACGGAUCUGCUACACCAUCGUUCAGGCCGAGGCCAAGCAGAACAACGGGAACGUCUUCAGGAGGAACCUGUUGAAUCGGCUCCAGCAGGAGUUCAAGAAGCGAGAGGAGACCAGGGGCCGCUCGCUGCAGGAGUGGGUCUGCUACGUCACUUUCAUCUGCAACGUCUUCGACUACCUCAAAGUGAACAACAUGCCGAUGGUGGCUCUGGUCCAUCCUGUGUACGACUGUCUGAUCAGACUGGCCCAACCUGACGCUCUACUGAACGAGGAGGAGGUGGACUGCUUGGUGCUGCAGCUGCAUCGUAUCGGGGAGCAGCUGGAGAAGGUGAACGGCCCGCGGAUGGACGAGCUCUUCUUCCUGCUGCGGGACGGCUUCCUGCUGCAGGAGGGCCUCUCCUCCAUGGCCCGCCUGCUGCUGCUGGAGAUCCUGGAGUUCAGGGCCGGAGGCUGGCUGCUCAGCUCCACCGCCCACAAGUACUACUACAGCGAACUGGCCGACUAGGACCGCGGCGAGGCCGAGGGCGCUGAGCGGCUCUUCUUCCAGCACCGUGGAUUCACUGAUUAUAAAAACCAGCAGAUUUGUGACGGACAGCGACAUCCUCCAGGGAGAACAGAGGAAGGUUUAAGAAGCCGGCGGUUCAUAAACUGUAAAAAGACUUUUUGAUUUUGCUGGAUUGUUCCUGCGUUUGAUAAUAUCACUGAGACGUGGUGCCGUGGAUGUGGAAUGUGCAAUAGUUCAAAGGCGUUGAAGUUAAGUUAACGAGGUUUUUAGCCACAUUCAGGUUCACUUUGUUUUAGAGUUUGAUCGCAGCUAAGGAAGCUGGAGAUAUUUUUAUGGGUUUUUUUAUAUAUAUAUAGAGAGAGAGAGAGCUCGCGGGCAUUCCUGUUUUAAGAAAACAUUUCAAAGUCCAACUUGUUUUUUUGCACCAAAUCCAAAGGACUUGGAACAAACAUUCCAGUCAGAUGCAAGACGCCGAUUUGGUCUUUGCUUUACUUUUUUUAAAUUUUCGUGUGACCAAAUUUAAUUGAAAAUCGACAUUUUAAUUUUCAAGUUGAAUAUCUUUAGUGUAGAAUUGACAUUUUACAGAAUGUUUGAAUGCAGUUAGAAGGAGUUUUCUGCCCAGUUCGUCCCGAAGGAUUCCUGUGUUACUGUUGGGCUUCAUGUUGUUACAUGAGCUGGUUUUGUUAGAUGGAGCAUUGUCUUAAUUCAGGGACCUUCUUCUAUGUUACAGCUCAACUGGUACAUUAAAGACCAACAGAUUAGUUACAGUUCA